AUGGACAAGAAGAGCUUGGUACCCUUACAAGCAAAGCUACUUUAUCUAAUCGAUGAAAGUACGAAGAAGCAAAAGGCAGGCUAUGAUGCCAAGGAAGUCUUUUUGAAAUGUAUUUGGCCUGAGGUAGAAACAUACUACCAAGAAAUGGCUGGUCAGCUGAGAAGAGCAUGUCAAGACGAGUUGAGUAGUCACACGGCCCCAAUUCAGGCUGUAGUCGAGCAUCGAGUUAAAACGAGGGCAUCUAUCGCCAAAUCGCUAGGAAGAAGAGAGUUAUACAGGGAAAAGGACCUAGGGACAUACAAGAAUGUCCACGAAAUACUCAAGGAUCUACACGAUCUUGUCGGGAUACGCAUCAUUGUCGAUUACAUGGAUCAUCUUGAGGCCGUCUCAAAUUUUAUCACUACUACGUUCCGUCAGGAAAAGCCCCCGAACGAAUUUCGUUCGGAUAGGAAAGUUGGUCGGCUAUGGCCUUCGUGGUUUGGAGCUUACGAGUGCAAAAACUAUCACAUCUCGGCGAACUACUCAGACAAUAACCCCCUCAACGUGUAUAAUGGAGUCAUUUUCGAGAUACAAAUUACGAGUCUUCCUGCAAACCUAUACAAUAAGAUCGCUCAUCCUUUGUUAUAUAAGGAAGAAGCUGGUCCAUUGUCACAAGGGGAUGAAAUCGUGAUUGACCUCACAAAAGGUCUUGCGUAUUGCUACUCGCUUCUCGUUUACUUCAAAAGAUAUAAGCUUGGUGGAGGGAUACUCGACCCAGGUGAUAUAAAGCUUAUGAGGAACGCAUCUUCACUUUCCGAGGGACCAGAAUUUGAGGCUAGCAUUGAUACAUUGGCUGGAAAGAUUCCUGAACUCGACAUCGCAGCUGGUCAUGUCAAGCAGGUUCCUCGAGAGACCUUGGAACUAGCCCUGGAGUCUUUUUUCAAUGAUCCGGGAUCAGACAACAUUGGUGAUGCUCUGUUUACCAAACUUAGGCGGGAGAUUCAAGAAGCUUGCCAGCCUCGAAUCAAUCUUCUUACUUGCGGAAAAGCACGUUUUGACAGCGAGGAUGUUAAUGAAAGCCCGGUAUGCCAGGAGGGUACACAAACUCGCGCAAGGCAAUAUAUAUGCGACUGGAUCGACAAGGGAGAGGAACCAUUGCUCUGGAUCUACAGUCAGGCUGGGACUGGCAAGUCUACCUUGGCAAGAACCAUGGCUAGGUACCUGACCGAGACCGGCCAGAUUGCAGCUGGGUAUUUCUUCAAACGCGGAGACAAGGAUCGAAACCUAGCUUCUCGCGUCUUUCCAACCAUUGCGAACCAGUUCGUUUCCACCAUUCCCCAUUAUGAAUCUUACUUGAGGCAAUCUGUCAACGCAUGCGAGAACAUGGAUUUUGAAUCAAUGCAUUUCAAAAAGCAAUUAGAGGUGCUUAUCAAGGCCCCAUUAUCACAAGUAGACCCUGUUCCCUGCACCAAAGUUAUCAUCAUCGAUGCACUCGAUGAAUGCAGCGACCUCUUGAAGACGGGGCAGAUCAUUGGUCUACUACUUGACCUAGCCAAGUCAACAAAGAUGCGAUUCCGCAUCCUCGUAACUAGUCGGGACGAAGACCUGUUACGUACAGCAAUCGAAGAGCAGGCACAUGACUCACUUGCACUAGCUAGUACAUUUCGCAAAGACAAUGUCUCAGACAUUAACUCCAUUCUUAAGUUUGGCUUCCAUAAGAUCAGACAGGAAAUGGGAAUCGGUCACGGCUGGCCAACGGACGAGCAAUUCCAUGAGGUAUCACGACGUUCCACCGACCCUUCUCCUCUAUUUAUCUAUGCCGUCACUCUUUUGCGCUUCUUGUAUGAUGGAACAAAACGAAGCUUUCCCCAGAAACGACUUGAUCUCUGGAUCCGCAGAAAGCGAGACGCAGUAUCUCGUACACAGUUGGAUGAGAUGUACACGAUAGUGUUUGAGAACUUGGAUCGCAACAUGGAAGAUGGCAACUCCGGAUACCUAAUGGACGAAGACAAGAACGAUUUUAGGAAGAUGUUGGGCUCGAUUGUCAUCGCGGCUGAACCAUUGACUGCUAAUGCGAUGGCUGAUAUCUUAAGCUUUGACCGAGAUGAGAUUCUUUUCCGGCUCAAAGCUUGCCAUGCCGUGCUAUAUGUUCCUGAUAAGAACGAAGAUGAAGUCUCAAUGGUGCACAAGUCAUUCAGUGACUUUCUACUGGACCACCGUGAAUCACAAAAACAGUGGUUUCGCGUGGAUCAGAUGAAGAUGAAUUGUAUUUUGGCUCAGGGAUGUCUUCAGUAUCUGGAGAAAACAUUGAAAGCAAAUAUUUGUGAGAUCCAAGAUCCUGGAAUGCCGCGGGCAGGCAUCGAUCCAAUGACCAUCAGAAGUCACAUUUCCAAAGGUCUCAAGUACGCAUCCUCGCAUUGGGCUUUUCACUCGCGGAACGCCGCGGAUAAAAGUCUCCUAUCUACUUCUGUCGAACCAUUUCUUGAAAAUCACUUCCUCAAUUGGGUUGAGUGUUUAGCAGUCAUCGGGCGACUCGAUAGAGUAUCAACCGCUGUCAUGGAAUUGCAAGCGAUGAAUCAGGUAUGCAUGACAUCAUCUAUGAAAGACAUCCACGGAUAUAAGCCGUGUGACGGGUCACGUCAAAGGCUUGAAGAGUUUCUUCGAGAUGCCUACCGUUUCAUAUUGAAGCAUGGUUUCAUUAUUCAGGAACAUCCGCGACAGACUUUCGGCUCUGCACUGUUGUUCAGCCCAACAAACAGCCUCAUACGGAAGAAGUUCUGGCAUUGCAAACUUCCAAACUGUUGUGCUGUGAGGAACCUACCUUUUCAAUGGGGUCCUAUUCUGCAGCAAUACACCCUAACGCCUACGACGUCUCGUGUAAAGGCGAUAGCUGUGUCUCCAAAUGGAAAACUACUGGCUUUGACUCGUGAUGAACCCUCCAUUGAACUAUGGCAGAUCGAAACUGGCACUCGACUUUCAAGCAUUUCUAUCUCAAGCUCGGCUCAUGAUAUAUCCUGGACCAAAGAUGGACAGGAACUUAUGUUUGUUACACGUGAUGGACAGGUUUACAAGCAUGAUGUUCAACAAGAUCGAUCUAUUCUCCUCAACACCCAACCUUUCGAGGAUACUUCGUUAUUUGAUUCAGCAAUAUCAUCAACUGGCAUAGUUGCUGUUGCCCAUGGUAAUCGUUUUACUACGACGAUUGAGAAUCGAAAGAUAUCCAUUUGGAACCCCGUUGAGGCAAAAACUACACUUCUUUUUGAAAGUCCACAAAUAUUCCAUGAACUGGUUAUCUCUGCGGAUGCAAAGCAUGUGGCUCUCCAAGUUGCAGGCACCGUCAAGCUAUUCAACACAAGUACAAACAAGGCUCCCUCAGAUAUUGCCAAGACAACCACGGCAACCAUGUUCGACAGCAUUGCUUUCUCAUCGGACGGAGACCGCAUAUUUGUCAUGGAAAUGAGGUCCUUGAGAAUUAUCACCAUUCAGACACAAAUCUCCACAAUCGUGACUGGACCUCAAGACAUCUGGUGCACACAGAUGGCGGUUUUUCCAGACGAAAAGAGAAUCGCAACCCUAGACUUUCACGCCCAGCUUUCGGUUUGGAGCAUCGAACCUGAUGGUCUUCAACAGCCCGAAACAUAUCAAAGGGCAGACCACCGCGUGCUAGCAAAAAAGUUUAGUUAUGGUGAUUCCUCGGCGGAUCUCCCCUGGCGGAUUGAAGAUGCUGACUCCGCCAGUAAGAUUGUCAUGUCGCCCUCUGGAGAGUACUUGGCUGCUCAAUGUAAGGAUCUCCUCUGCAUCUGGCGUCUUCCACAGGGAAACCUCUACAAAGUCCUGGUCUCACUGGACACAGAUCUGGUGCAAUAUUUGAGCUUUUCCAGAGAUGGACGUUCAGUCUCAGCAAUGAGUAGGGAUGCUAUAGUCGUCUGGAUGCUCGAACAUGGCGAGACUGAACAGAUUGAACUCUCAGCCACUGCUAUAUUGAGCUCCAAAUCCAAAUUCUCAUUUCUUGAGCCCUCAUCUCUAAUCGGAGAUUAUGAGAUGGUUUGGAUGAAUGCUCAGAGGAUCGCCACUGUUUAUAAAGGUCAGCUUCAAAUGUGGAAUUUGAAGAACCCUUACUGUCACCUCCUCAAGUUCGAGACACUACCACCAGACUUGUUUUACAAGUAUGGCUUUUCACCACAGUUGAAGGUUCUAGCUAUUUCAUACGGCUCUAUCUUGAUGAUAGUGUCAGAAGAAGAUGGCACUAGCAAUCAGGUGAGCGUUCCUGUUGAAGUUGAAGAACUGUCCUUCUCACCAGACGGUUCGACACUUCUUUGGUUCGCCGCUGGCUCAUUGUGGACAGCUUCAGUACAUCGUGGAGCUCCCUUCUUGUCGGACCCUGUCAAUCACUCUGCAUUGAAUGAUGUGGACAUACCGGUCGACUUGGAAUAUUCAUAUCAUAGCGAUGUGCAUUCUUCCAAAGAGAGUUCUUUGUCGUUCUCAUUCUCAAUCGAUGGCAUGUUUGUUAAAGGUAGAGGGAAGUGCUACAGGUUCCGGCACUCAGUAGACUGCUGCAACUUACGGGGAUUAUCUAUGGCAUUCGAAACCGACCGGUUGCAGGACCAAAUUUGGAUACGACGUGACAGUCAAAGGCUUAUUCGUGUUCCGCCAGGGUAUAGUUUGUCCUUUGGAGGUUCUGGGGGUACACAAAUCGCAAUGAUCGAUAAAAGGAAGAAGAUUUCUUUACUUGAGUUUAAGUAA